UUCAGAACGGUCACGGGGUGGUGCUGUCUCGGUGCAUUGAACGUGUGUUGUCGGUGCUCGGUUCUGGCGCUGGGUGGAGCGCGCGCCUCCCCGUUCCGUUCUGCUCCAGGAUUUGACGUGUCGUCUGUGUUUUUUCUGCACUUCCUGCUUCCGCCAUGACUGUUUUGAGCCAGCAGUCCCGUCCGAAAGCUGAUCGGUAGGAAUCGUUAAACGUGGCAAUGGUGUGAAUGUGCGCGAUCGGCGGCGGUGUGUGUGAUCGUGAGUGAAGCCCGAGCUGUUAUUGCUGUCAGCCAUGCAGUUCUCUCCCACCAACGGAGAUUUUACCUUCGUCUCCUCGACGGACGCUGAAGAGCUCAGUGGCACCAUCGAUGCACCAGAUAUCACACUAAGUAUGGGCCCUGAUUCCACCAGGGACACUUACGCCACCACCUUCCUAAAACAGAGAGGUUAUGGAUGGUUGCUGGAGGUGGAGGAAGAGGAUUCCGAGGACACUAAACCGCUCCUGGAGGAGUUGGACAUUGAUUUAAAGGACAUCUACUACAAGAUCAGGUGUGUGUUGAUGCCCAUGCCCUCGCUGGGUUUUAAUAGACAGGUGGUGAGGGACAAUCCUGAUUUCUGGGGCCCGCUGGCUGUUGUCCUGCUCUUCUCCAUGAUCUCCAUCUAUGGACAGUUUAGGGUUGUUUCCUGGAUUAUUACGAUCUGGAUAUUUGGAUCACUGACUAUUUUCCUUCUUGCAAGAGUGCUGGGUGGAGAGGUGUCUUAUGGACAAGUGCUUGGGGUUAUUGGCUAUUCUUUGCUCCCACUCAUUGUAAUAGCUCCACUUCUCCUGGUCAUUGGGGGUUUUGAAGUCAUCUCUACACUCAUAAAGCUUUUUGGAGUAUUCUGGGCUGCGUACAGUGCUGCCUCUUUACUCGUCGGUGAUGAAUUCAAAACGAAGAAACCCCUUCUCAUAUAUCCCAUCUUUCUUUUGUACAUCUACUUCCUGUCUCUGUAUACUGGAGUCUGAAUUGACCACAGGCUUUGAUUGGCUCGUUGCUUGGACAUUGACAAAGAGCACUGUGGAGAGCUACACAGCAGGGAUGUUCCAUGAAGACCAAGAAGGAUUUUGCAUUUUCUUUUACCCUGUUUAUAAUCCUAUAUGCUUUGGGGAAUGAGGUGUACAGACAUUAGUGUAUUUAACUGCUUCCAUUUAUUUUGUACACAAUAAAAAGCUGCAUCUUUUACUGUGGAAGCCCUGUUUGCAGAGAUCCCUCUGCCACUGAAAUCUGGAGCCCUCGUUUUACAUGAUAUUUACAAACCCCAAAAGGAAAAAAAAGAGAACUUUAUAUUGUAAAAGAUUAUGGAAAGCAUGAUCGUCAUGUAACAGAAAUUAUGUGUCACCACACAUAAUGGACUGAAAACUUUUUUGAGUUAACCAGCUGACGGUAGACAGAUUUUGUUGUUGUUGUAGACUGAUCCAAUACAUUCACUGAAUUCUUGAUCUAAUCAGUUUUCAUUUUUAAUUUAUGAGUUCUACAUGGAAAAAGAGAGUAUGCAGGCAGUACAGCUUAGAUUUAAAAGGUCUGCUUUGAAUGGGUGCCUUGAAUUGGUCGUUUUAUAUGGCUGUGGUGUAUUUUAUUUCUGUAAAUGUAGCCAAAAAGGAAAGGAAUUUUUAUUUGUAGAACAUGCAAUUGAAAACAACUUUCUACCUGGUGAUGUGUACACUGCAGACAUAUGUUACCAUAUUAGUUGAGCUAAAACUAUUGAGUCUGGAAAUUGUUAUAUUCAUGAAUAAGAUUAAAAUCUAUUGACACUGUAA